AUGGUUAAUGUCAGACUUGUCAGUCUGCGAGCCAAGAUUUUUACUGCACCUCCAGGGAUCGAUUGGAAGUCAGUUCCCUGUUACCUGAAGUGCAAGACGAAAAAGAUCAAAUGGAUAGCUGCACAUAUCGGAUUGUGGGGUAAUGAAAAAGCAGAUGAGCUGGCCAAGAUUGGUAGAACCAGUGAAUCCACUUUGAACUGCCCAAUUCCACAAUCUUACAUCAAACGCCUGAUCGACGACAAAGUCACUAGACUAAAUCAGGAAACCUGGUUAACUGAUGGACCCAGACACACCAAACUGACACUCGGUCACAAAAACAUCAACAUCAUCAAAAAUCUUAACACUACACUCAGCAACAACAGACAAAAUUACAGAACUGCAGUGCACCUCAUCACAGGACAUUGUGGCUUAAACAAACACCUCCAUACCAUCCGCAAAUCAAGCACCAGCGCUUGUCCGAUGUGCGGCGACGGAGAGGAAACUAUCUCACUCUUUCUAGGACAGUGUCCGGCUAUUGCCCAAAUAAGAGGUCAAUAUUUCCAGGACUAUUACCUCUCCGUUAAUGACAUAUUCGACAACCAACACAUCUCCACUAUUGUCAACUUCACAAACCACACAAAACGCUUAAUUGUGCCAGAGGAGCUGGACCAGACUGGUGUAACAUAG